AUGAAUUUUACGAGUCCUAAGCUUUCGCUUGCCGAUGUUGAGUAUCCUGCUUGGUGUCAAGACGAUGAAGUUCCAAUUACAAUGCAGGAAAUUAAGGAGAUUUUUAUACAGCUCACAGAUAAGUUCGGAUUCCAGAUGUCUUCUAUGGAAAAUAUGUAUCAGCAUUUAAUGGGGCAGCUGGACUCCAGGGCAAGUCGUACAGGUGCUCAGAAUGCAUUGAUAUCGCUACAUGUCUCAUAUAUUGGAGGGGAACAUGCAAAUUAUAGAAAAUGGUAUUUUGCCGCCCAGCUCGACUUAGAUGAAGAGAUCGGGUUUCAAAACAUGCAGCUACAUGGGAAGGCACGCCAAAGGAAUGUAAAGAUGGCAAAAAAAAGAGGCGUGUCUAUCAAGGAACAGAUCAAACAAUGGAAUGAGAAGGAGCAAGAGUUCAUAAAUAACCAUCCGAAGAUAACGCUGACUCAAGAACAAUUGGAAGAUCAGACAAACUUGAAAAGUGCAGACUAUAAAUGGAAGUUGAAAAUGAAAAUAUUGUCACCUGAAGAGAUGAUAAAACAACUAGCUCUUUAUUUUCUUUGUUGGGGAGAAGCCAAUCAAGUCAGGUUUGCUCCAGAAUGCCUUUGCUUUAUUUUCAAGUGUGCACUUGACUAUGAAAUUAGUACGUCAAGUAGCGAAAAAACAGCGAAAUUACCUGAAUAUGCAUACUUAAAUGACGUUAUUACUCCCCUGUAUGAAUUCCUAAGGGGCCAAGUAUACAAAAAAGAUUCCAAGGGGAAUUGGAAACGAAGAGAAAAGGACCACAAGAAUAUUAUUGGUUACGAUGACAUCAAUCAGUUGUUUUGGUAUCCGGAAGGGUUUGAACGAAUUAUUUUAAACAAUGGAGAACGGUUAGUUGACAAGCCAUUGGAGGAGAGGUACCUCUAUUUCAAAGAUGUUGCAUGGUCAAAGGUAUUUUAUAAAACAUAUAGAGAAACCAGAAGUUGGAAGCACUGCUUUACCAAUUUUAAUAGAUUCUGGAUUAUCCAUUUUGCACCGUUUUGGUUCUUCACCACGUUUAAUUCUCCCACUUUGUACACCAAGAAUUAUGUACAGUUAUUGAACAAUCAACCAACACCUCAAGUUAGACUGUCAGUCAUUGCCUUUGGGGGUACGAUAGCAUGUUUAGUUCAAAUUUUAGCCACUAUGUUCGAGUGGGGGUUUGUUCCCCGGGAAUGGCCGGGCGCUCAGCAUUUAUCAAGUAGAAUGAUUGGCCUACUUUUUUGCCUUGCAAUUAACCUGGGACCAUCCGUGUACGUUUUAGGAUUUUUCGAGUGGGAUGUUCAUUCAAAAUCUGCGUAUAUCGUGUCCAUCGCCCAAUUAAUUAUUGCAUUUUUAACAACCUUUUUUUUUGCUGUCAGACCUUUGGGUGGCUUAUUUCGUCCGUAUUUAAACAAAGACAAAAGACAUCGAAGGUACGUCUCAUCGCAAACCUUUACCGCUUCAUUUCCCAAGCUGACAGGACGCAGCAAAUGGUUCUCUUAUGGGUUAUGGGUAUUCGUAUAUUUGGCGAAAUAUAUUGAGUCUUAUUUUUUUCUGACCUUAUCCCUCAGGGACCCUAUCAGGGUCCUAUCUAUUAUGGAUUUGUCCAGAUGUCAAGGUGAGUAUUUAAUGGGUCCCAUUCUAUGUAAAUGGCAGGCCAAAAUCACAUUAGUUCUCAUGCUGCUUUCCGAUUUAGGCCUAUUCUUUCUCGAUACUUACCUUUGGUACAUUAUUUGCAACUGUAUUUUUUCCAUUAUACUGUCAUUUUCUCUUGGUACCUCAAUUCUCACACCAUGGAAGAAUGUAUAUUCUCGGUUGCCUAAAAGAAUAUAUUCCAAAAUUCUCGCUACUUCAGAGAUGGAUGUAAAAUUUAAAGCAAAAAUACUAAUAUCACAGGUAUGGAAUGCUAUUGUUAUAUCAAUGUACAGGGAACAUCUUCUCUCCAUUGAGCAUUUACAAAGACUCCUGUUCCAACAGGUUGACUCUUUAAUGGGAGAUACAAGAACUUUGAAAUCGCCUACUUUUUUUGUUGCACAAGAUGAUUCAACGUUCAAAUCCAUGGAAUUUUUUCCCUCCAAUUCAGAGGCAAAAAGAAGGAUAUCUUUUUUUGCGCAAUCGUUAGCAACCCCAAUUUCAGAGCCUGUUCCAGUGGACUGUAUGCCAACUUUUACCGUCUUGGUACCCCAUUAUUCAGAAAAAAUUCUUUUGGGCUUAAAGGAAAUUAUCAGAGAAGAAUCCCCUAAAAGUAAAAUUACAGUACUUGAGUAUUUGAAGCAUUUACAUCCCACAGAAUGGGAAUGCUUUGUUAAGGAUACGAAACUAUUGAGCAUGGAAAAGAGCUUUUUGAAAGAAGCAGAUAACAGCAAUGAUGAAGAUAGGCUGGAAAUUCCAGAUGCACUGUAUGGUUCAAGGUCCACCCCUCUUUCAGAUCACACUGAUUCCCGGAAGUUGCCCACAGAGGAUGAUCUCAUUAAGGAAAAAAUUAAUGAUUUGCCAUUUUCUUACUUUGGCUUCAACUCAUCUGAGCCAUCGUACACACUGAGAACAAGAAUUUGGGCGUCGUUGCGAACACAGACUUUAUACAGAACACUUUCUGGUUUUAUGAACUAUUCCAAGGCUAUUAAACUGCUGUAUCGAAUUGAAAAUCCCUCUUUAGUUAGCUUAUAUCGUGGCAAUCAUGAGGCUUUGGAAAACGACUUAGAAAAUAUGGCUAGUAGAAAGUUUAGAAUGGUUGUCGCUAUGCAGAGAUAUGCAAAAUUUAAUAAGGAUGAAAUGGAGGCAACAGAACUACUUUUAAGAGCCUACCCAAAUAUGUAUAUAUCUUACCUUCUGGAAGAGUUAGAGCAAACCACAUCUGAGAGAGUAUAUUAUUCGUGUCUGACUAAUGGCUAUGCAGAAUUUGAUGAAGAGGCUGGAUUAAGGAAGCCAAUAUUUAAAAUUCGCCUGUCGGGCAAUCCAAUACUUGGGGAUGGUAAAUCGGACAAUCAAAAUCAUUCCAUUAUAUUUUAUCGUGGUGAGUAUAUUCAGGUGAUCGAUGCAAACCAAGAUAAUUAUUUGGAGGAAUGCCUAAAAAUACGGUCUGUUCUAAGUGAGUUUGAGGAGCUCGAACUUAAUUCCACAAUUCCAUACAUUCCUGGUAUUGAAUAUGAAGAAGAGCCACCCCCUAUAGCUAUUGUUGGUUCAAGGGAGUAUAUUUUUUCAGAGAAUAUUGGAGUGUUAGGUGAUAUUGCUGCAGGUAAAGAACAGACUUUUGGAACUUUAUUUGCAAGAACGCUAGCUGAAAUUGGUGGUAAAUUGCACUACGGGCAUCCUGAUUUUCUCAAUGGUAUUUUUAUGACCACUCGUGGCGGCCUGUCUAAGGCGCAGAGAGGAUUGCACUUGAAUGAAGAUAUAUAUGCUGGAAUGAACGCAAUCUGCCGUGGCGGAAGAAUAAAACAUAGUGAUUACUAUCAAUGUGGUAAGGGUCGAGACUUGGGAUUUGGGUCCAUUUUGAAUUUCACCACUAAAAUAGGGGCGGGUAUGGGGGAACAACUUUUAUCAAGAGAGUACUAUUAUCUAGGGACACAGCUUCCAAUGGAUAGAUUUUUAUCAUUUUUCUAUGCUCAUCCCGGUUUUCAUCUAAAUAAUCUUUUUAUUUCCUUCUCGGUUCAACUAUUCUUCGUUCUGCUAUUAAACUUGGGCGCAUUGAACCAUGAAACAAUAGCCUGCUUUUACGACAAGAAUGCGCCAAUCACAAACCUCGAGACCCCUGUAGGUUGUUAUAAUAUUCAGCCUGCGUUACAUUGGGUAUCAAUCUUUGUGCUAUCAAUCUUCAUAGUCUUUUUUAUUGCGUUUGCCCCUUUGUUGAUCCAAGAAGUCUUGGAAAAGGGCAUUUGGAGAGCAGCUUCAAGGUUUUUACACCAUCUUCUUUCAAUGGCCCCAUUAUUUGAAGUAUUUGUCUGCCAAGUUUACUCGAAUUCUUUAUUGAUGGACUUGACUUUUGGGGGAGCAAAAUACAUAUCUACAGGCCGUGGGUUUGCAAUAACACGCCUUGAUUUUUUUACGCUCUAUUCCAGAUUUGUUAAUAUAUCGAUAUACUCUGGUUUCCAAGUGUUCUUCAUGUUAUUAUUCGCCAUUAUAUCUAUGUGGCAACCCGCCUUACUAUGGUUUUGGAUUACAGUCAUCUCGAUGUGCUUCGCACCUUUUAUUUUCAAUCCACAUCAGUUCGCGUUUAUGGACUUCUUCAUUGAUUACAAAACCUUUAUGCACUGGUUAUUUUCAGGUAACACUAAAUAUCAAAAAGAGUCGUGGGCAAGUUUUGUCAAGAGCUCACGAUCAAGAUUUACCGGUUACAAAAGUAAAACCGUGGAUGAUAUCUCCGAAGAUUCAGGUCUUGAGUCAAAGAAAGCGAGGUUUUGGAACGUUUUCUUUGCAGAAUUAUUUCUGCCUUUCUGUGUGUUCCUCUUUAAUUUGACGGCUUUUUCUUUCAUUAAUGCACAAACAGGGGUGCCUGGCUCAAAACCAACUAGUGCUAUUUUUCGGUUGUUGCUCGUAACCUUUUUGCCAAUCGUUCUUAACUCAAUAGUGCUUUUUCUGUUUUUUUGGGUCUCGCUUUUUGUGGUCCCUGGAUUAUCAUAUUGUUGUAAAAAUGCAGGCGCUGUGAUUGCCUUUAUUGCACAUACUUUUUCAGUUUUAGUCUAUCUUUUGGAUUUCGAACUGAUGUGGUUCUUACAAGGUUGGAACUUUACACGGACAUUGAUACUACUUAUCACAUGUAUCAAUUUGCACUUGGUUCUUUUCAAGGUUUUUACCACAAUAUUCCUGACAAGGGAGUAUAAAAACAAUAGAGCACACUUGGCAUGGUGGAAUGGUAAGUGGUACAACACGGGCAUGGGCUGGUCUGUCGUUUUACAACCCAUACGAGAAUACCUCGUGAAGAUUAUGGAAUCUAGUUAUUUUGCUGCCGAUUUCUUUCUCGGCCACUUCCUAUUAUAUAUACAAACGCCCAUAAUAUUGUUACCAUUUAUCGAUUACUGGCAUACAAUGGUGCUAUUUUGGAUGAAUCCAAGAAAUAUUAUCGCACACAAAAGGGUUCUAACUCGAAAGCAGAGAGCAUUAAGAAGUAGCAUAGUUUCAAAAUAUUUUUCUCUAUAUUUUGUGAUGCUAGGUGUAUUCCUUUUUAUGCUCAUCGCGCCAUUCUUUGCCAACGUUUUUGUAUCUAAUCCGCAAGAAUUGUUGGAAGGCACACUUCUCGAAGGAAUCUUCCAACCUAAUGGCCAAAACAACAAUGAUACUGGCCCGAAUGCUCCAUCGACAAUCCUGACAACAACACCACCUCUACCUACUUUUAGAACUGUUGCGUAG